UUCAUUUUUUUUUUAACUAAACGGGAUUAUAAACAACCGAUAUUUACCGCUGUGAUUACUCUUCCAUCAGAAUGACAGUUCAAACAAAAGCUUUUAACGACUGCAGAGGUAGCAACGUAGCGUAAAGAAAAAGCUAACGUUGGUCGUUAAGUUAGUUAGCGUUGGUCUAGUUCCGUCAUUAUUCGGUUACUCGGUAACGGUUUACAUGUCCAUGUACGCCGUGGAAUAACGCUUAUUAGCUUUAAUACCACCAAAAGCCUUGAACCGACGGCGAGUUUCAAGCUGUUCAACCUGCCUCGAGUUAACUUUCCCCUUUACCAGAAACCAACACUGGACGUUACCUUACCUGUGCCAGGGAGCUGAAUGGCCUCCGUUGUAGCGGUGAAAACUGAGAAGAGACCUGCAGCUGAUUCUCAGGAUGCAGACUCAAAUGCUAAAAAGCCCAGGAAACUGCUGCCCAGCUUGAAGACGAAGCGAGCCCCCGAGCUGGUCCUGGUCAUCGGCACGGGCGUGAGCUCUGCAGUGGCCCCUCAGGUCCCUGCCCUCCGGUCCUGGAAAGGUCUCAUCCAGGCCCUGCUGGAUGCAGCCAACGACUUUGACCUCCUGGAAGAGGAGGAGAGUCGGCGUUUCCAGAAGCACAUGCAGGAAGAUAAGAAUUUGGUGCAUGUGGCCCAUGACCUCAUUCAGAAACUUUCCCCGAGAACAGGCAACGUGCGAUCCACCUUCUUCAAAGACUGUCUAUACGAAGUGUUUGAUGACUUGGAGUGUAAGAUGGAGCAUGCUGGGAAACAUCUCCUGCGGUCCGUGCUGCAGUUAAUGGAGAGCGGCGCACUGGUCCUCACUACAAACUUCGACAACCUGUUGGAGAUCUAUGCAGCCCACCAGGGCACCAAACUGGAGUCUUUGGACCUGACGGAUGAGAAAAAGGUGUUGGAGUGGGCUCAGGAGAAACGGAGGUUAAGUGUGCUGCAUAUUCACGGUGUUUACACUAACCCCAGUGGUAUCGUGCUGCACCCUGCUGGCUAUCAGAACGUACUAAGGAACACUGAGGUUAUGCGAGAGAUUCAAAAGCUCUACGAGACCAAAUCCUUCGUGUUCCUCGGCUGCGGGCGCACAGUGGACGACACGACCUUCCAAGCUUUGUUCCUGGAGGCAGUCAAACACAAGUCGGACCUGGAACACUUCAUGCUGGUGCGGCGAGAGGACGUGGGUGAGUUCAAGAAGCUGCGUGACAACAUGCUGGACAAGGGCAUCAAGGUCAUCUCCUAUGGAGACGAGUACGCCGACCUGCCUGAGUACUUUGAGAGGCUGGCCAACGAGAUCUGCAACCGGGAUGUGUCCACCAAUGGCUGGGGAUCUCCCUCACAAAACGAAGAGGAAGAGCAGAAUGGCUUUAGCACACAGAAAAGCCUCCUUCAAGGUUAGGACUGAAUGUUUCUCUUUGACUUCAAGCAGUGGCCACUUGUGAGAGACGUUCUCAGCGUAAUGCAAUGCCCCUUUCCAAGACUCUUGUUUUCUCACUGCAUGCUGGUAGAUUAAACAAAAUCCAAGCCUGUUCUUUGGAUUUCAGUGACAAAAGAGCUGCUGAUAUUCCUUUACACAAAGAUAGGACUGUCUUUACAGUAUUAAUAUUGUCAGUGGCAAUGUUUCAGUUGAUACUUCUUGUUUGCCAACUGUUCACUUAAGUCCUUCCUUUUCUUUUUGCCCCAGACUAUCAUUCUUGACAGGCACACAGUCGGAAUGACUAUCAGUCACUUCCCCCACAGCUCCACAGAGAGACCGUCUACUCUGUGUUAUAAUCAAGUCUGAUUGUAAUGAAAGCAUUUAAGAAUCCACGGGAGAGCUAAAAGCUGUCAGUGUUUGUCAGAUGCUACUUUUAUUUGUUCCCUUCAGUUCGUUUAUCUGCCAGUCUCAGGUAAGCAGAUGACAGAAUGUUCGUACAUCAGCUGGACCGCGAAGAUAGUUCUGGAUCCACUGAGCGACGCUGACAGCGCUGUUUGGAUUCAGACGUACUGUAAAUAAGGAUGCAGCUAAAUAAACUGCAUCACUUUGACCUAACCGCCCUGAGCGGAGACGCUCCUGGGCUUUAGCUAUAACGCACAUCACAUGCUCUUAACUGAAAACAGUUGUGUGUUGAAGGAUCGAACGGGCCAUCCUCAGCUGUGCAACUAGGCAAAGGAAACCUCAUCCCACCACUACAGGCUGGGAAUAAUUUAUCACGACAUAGAUGGUAAAUCUGUCAGUGUUAUGAUUCUGUUCAGAAAAGUAUGUUUUCAUAGCGGAGCAGUUCUCUGCCGGUAGCGACCUCUUUGCCACUCCUGUGCUGAAAAUAAACAUGUUCUUUGUAAGCCUUUUUUUUUUUGUAUUUUUAAUACUUGCAUGUGUUCUCCGAUUUAGUAUUUAUAAGUGCUAUUUUCAAAAUAAAGCUUUUGGUAUCCCA